AUGGCGGUUGGAAAGAACAAGAGACUCUCCAAGGGCAAGAAGGGCCUCAAGAAGAAGACGGUCGACCCCUUCUCCCGAAAGGACUGGUACUCAAUCAAGGCCCCUAACCCCUUCAACGUUCGAGAUGUCGGCAAGACCCUCGUGAACCGAACCACCGGUCUCAAGAACGCCAACGACGCUCUCAAGGGCCGUAUCCUCGAGGUCUCUCUCGCCGAUCUCCAGAAGGAUGAGGACCACUCUUUCCGCAAGGUCCGCCUCCGUGUCGACGAGGUUCAGGGCAAGAACUGCUUGACUGCUUUCCACGGCCUCGACUUCACCUCCGACAAGCUCCGAUCCCUGGUGCGAAAGUGGCAGACCCUCAUUGAGGCCAACGUCACUGUCAAGACUACCGACGACUACCUCAUCCGCCUCUUCGCCAUCGCUUUCACCAAGCGACGACCCAACCAGGUCAAGAAGACCACCUACGCUGCCUCUUCUCAGAUUCGGGCUAUCCGACGCAAGAUGACCGACAUCAUCCAGCGUGAGGCCUCAAGCUGCACCCUCACCCAGCUUACCUCCAAGCUCAUUCCCGAGGUCAUUGGCCGCGAGAUUGAGAAGUCCACCCAGGGCAUCUACCCUCUCCAGAACGUCCACAUCCGAAAGGUUAAGCUGCUCAAGGCCCCCAAGUUCGACCUUGGUGCCUUGAUGGCUCUGCACGGCGAGUCUGGCACUGAUGACCAGGGCCAGAAGGUUGAGCGGGAGUUCAAGGAGCGUGUCCUGGAGGAGGUUUAA